AUGGAGAGCCAGACUGAGGUAAAGUCGUUGAAGCGCACCCUGGAGGCAACCCUGGUCAAAGCUGCGGGCUUGCAGUUGCAAGGUCGGCAACUGCGGCUUCGUGCGGAGCGAGCAGAGGCUGCCAAGGCCCUGGCAGAGGCAGAAACCCAGCGCCUCCGACAACAGGUGAGGCGACUGCAGGAGCAGGCAUGUCCUUCAUGCUCUAGCUGUUCCACAAGUUCGUCCAAGCUUGGCUUUGGAAAACCUCAGCCUUCGAACAAAAGACCUUCGGCUCCGGUCGAUCCUGCCGCGAUGCUGAAGCGGAUCCCAGUCCCGCUACGUGCAGUCGAUCCCCUGCUUGCUGGCCCGGGCGAGGAAGGCUUCCAGCCCCAGUGGGCUGGUGACUAUCUGGAGGCUGUGCAGAAGCAGGCAACGCUGGACCCAGAUACGAUCUUCGGUGCCGUGCCUCCCUGCGACAUGCAGGAGCUUUUUCCGGAUGCGCUGUUUCAAGAGGUCGGCCUGCCGCCGGCGAAGCGGUUUAAGUCGACCAGUGAGCUCAGCAUCUUCCCGGAUGAGGUCAUGGACUACAAGCGAAAGAUGGGUCACACCAAAAGUUGGAUCGACUUUGCUUGA